UUUUUGGGAAACUUUUUUUUUUUUCCUCUUGCUCUUGGGCCCAGACGGACGAGCAGACAGCGUGUCCUUCUGCGCAAGCGCCCCCCCGACUGCCUCAGCAGUGGUCGACAAGUGAGCGGGAUCAGACGCGAACCGCACGGAAAUCGGGUCGUUUGGCCAGCGGCAGGAAGGAGUCAGAGCCCGGGAAGCGCAGGAAAAGGUUGCGUGCGCGUGCAAGCUGCGUCGUCUCUUUGGACUGAUUUCGCUGCGUCAUUCCUUGAAAAAAAGCUCCAAGAUCUGGUCCCUGACCAAUCACGAGCCCGCGCGUUGCUAUCUUCCCUUCCUCAUCUUGCAGGCCGGGCACCUCAUCCCCCGACCGAACACCAUCAUCAUCGUCCAAACGUCCUCGUUUGGUCUCUUGACCUUUCAAUUGUCACAUCUCACUGCCAUUGAGAUGGCUUCCGCUGCGACAAUGCGGCCAUUGAGCCUCUCAUUGGCCCCUCGAGCCCUCCCAGCUCAGACACUCAGAACGUUCUCCUCACGAGUGUCAAACUCGUCAUCCGCGGCGUGGGCAUCGCGGCCGCGGGCAUUGCCGCGUCCAAGCUACAAUAACGUCGUUGCCAGACAAGCAGGGAGGAGAUGGCAGACGACCGAAGCGACGGCGCCUGCUCCCAAGCCGAAGCCCGGCAAGAUUCGCAGAUUCUUUCGCUGGACGUGGAGGUUGACAUACCUCAGCAUGAUCGGCGGUGCGGCCUACGCAAUCUACGGCCUCCACGAGCUGAGGAACCCCAAUGAACAGGAGCCCCCGGAUCCAUCCAAGAAGACGCUGGUUGUGCUUGGUACUGGCUGGGGCUCCGUCUCGCUGCUGAAAAAUCUUGACACCGAGAACUACAAUGUCAUCGUCAUUUCGCCGCGCAACUACUUCCUCUUCACGCCGCUUCUGCCCUCGUGCACAACCGGCACGAUCGAGCACCGCAGCAUCAUGGAGCCGAUCCGCUACUUCCUGAGGCACAAGAAGACUGCAGUCAAGUACUACGAGGCCGAGGCGACGAAGAUCGAUUACGAGAAGAAGAUCGUGUACAUCAACGACGAGAGCGAAAUCAAAGGCGACGUGAGCAGCACCGAGGUGCCGUUCGACAUGCUUGUUGUUGGUGUCGGCGCCGAGAACGCCACCUUUGGUAUUCCCGGUGUCCGUGAGCACGGUCUCUUCCUCAAGGAGGUGGGCGAUGCUCAGCUCAUCCGCAAACGCAUCAUGGACUGCUGCGAGACGGCUACCUUCAAGGACCAAUCCGAUGACGAGAUCAAGCGUCUGCUCCACAUGGUCGUAGUCGGCGGUGGUCCCACGGGCGUCGAGUUCGCAGGCGAGCUGCAGGACUUCUUCGCCGAGGACCUGCGCAAGUGGAUUCCCGAGAUCGCGGAGAACUUCCACGUCACGCUCGUCGAGGCUCUGCCAAACGUGCUGCCCAUGUUCUCCAAGCAGCUGAUUGACUACACGGAGCGGACCUUUGAUGAGGAGAAGAUCACCAUCCGCACCAAGACCAUGGUCAAGAAGGUCACGGACAAGUACAUCGAGGCGGAGUCCACUGGCCCCGACGGCAAGAAGCAGAUUGAGCGUAUUCCCUACGGUUUACUGGUCUGGGCUACGGGCAACGCUGUUCGCCCCGUCGUCAAGGACCUCAUGUCCCAGAUCCCCGCCCAGAAGGACUCGCGUCGAGGCCUUGCCGUGAACGAGUACCUUGUCGUCAAGGGCACGGAGAACAUUUGGGCCGUCGGAGACUGUGCCAUUGCCAACUAUGCACCGACUGCCCAGGUUGCCAGCCAAGAAGGCGCCUUCUUGGCCACGAUGUUCAACAACAUGGCCAAGACGCAAGCCAUUGAGGAUGAGCUGAAGCAGUGCAGCGAGGAGCAGGAGAAGGCGCCAACUAAGGAGGCCAGAGACGCCGUCUUCGAGAAGAUCAAGGAUCUUCAGAAGAGGCUGAGGAGGGUGAAGCAGAUGGGUCCCUUCGAGUACUCGCAUCAAGGCAGCUUGGCAUACAUCGGUAGCGAAAAGGCCGUGGCUGACAUCUCGUGGUGGCUCGGCAACAUUGCCAGCGGUGGCACUCUGACCUACGUAUUCUGGCGCAGCGCCUACGUUAGCAUGUGCUUCUCGUGGCGCAACAGGACGCUCGUCGUCCUCGACUGGAUCAAGUCCAAAGUGUUCGGCCGUGACGUGUCGCGAGAGUAAGCGAGCAUCACGCAGAGUUUCAGACUAUCGUGUAAGAGUAUGGGAACAGGUCCAGGCGAACAGAUGGGUAGUAAAAGAAGUGCAAGUUGAUGGCUAAAGCCUUGGACGGGUCAUGGGACGGCCGCACCAACAUUCAGAGCGUUCUGAAAUCUAGACGUCGCGUAAUAGACUGGGUGGUUUAGGAUGUGGUGUAUAUUUGAAAAAAAAUUCUUUUUCUUAAUUUAUCUUCUUCCUGCUUCUUUAGCCAGCCAGACCAGCUAGCUCUCUUACUCUUACCGUAGCAAGGCUCUGAAUAUACAUAAUACAGCCCUUUUUUUUUAG